AUGGCGAGAACCUCUGUAUCACCCGAUCGACCAUACGGCUCAGGUCCUCGUUACAGAGAUCGCUACGACGACCGAGACGGCCAUGACAGACAGAGACGUAGGGAAGAUGAACGGCGGAACACACGCGUUGAAGACUACCGGAGGCCGGAGUAUGACAGGGAUAGCCGCAAUCGACGCGACCGAGACGACGAACGCGAUGGUCGCUACAGGGCGGAUCGGGACCCACGCCCUGGUCCUCCGCGUCGGUCAGCUUCGCCUCGCGCGCGGAACUCGAAGGACCGCUCCCGCUCUGCUUCGAAGCGUGAAGACUCGCCGGAAGACAAGGCUAAACCGAACUUCAACCCUUCAGGACUACUAGCCGCAGCGACCAAAACCGUCAAGCUUGUGGAUGGCACCAGCACAGUACUCAAAUAUCACGAACCUCCCGAGGCGCGCAAACCUACAGUAGGCUGGAGGCUGUACGUCUUCAAGGGGAAGGAGCAAGUGGAUGUGCUGCACAUCCAUAGGCAGAGUGCGUACUUGAUUGGCCGAGACCGUGCAGUAGCAGACUUGGCCAUCGAACACCCGUCCUGCUCGAAACAACACGCUGUAAUCCAAUUCCGACAGGUUCACGAGAAGAAUGAGUUUGGUGAUGUCAAGAAUGUCGUGAAGCCCUUCAUCAUUGACCUAGAGUCAACAAAUGGUACUCAGGUCAACGAUGAGCAGAUACCAGAAUCACGAUACUACGAGCUCAAGCUUAGUGACGUGAUAAAAUUCGGCGAAUCGCAACGAGAAUAUGUACUCUUGCACGAUGAAGCUACAUGA